UAAUCAAAAUGUUUUGUGAGAGUGAAACUCAAUACACAUCUACCCAAGAGUACUUCAUGCUUUACUUCUGAAUAGAAAUUUGAAUGUCACUGUUGGUAUCUGAAAUAUGAAUUACUUUAAAACACAAGAUAGUGAUUGUAUGGAUUAUUAUUGCAUUUAAAGUAGAGCACAUUUUUGUUAACAUUUCAUUUGAGUAAAUGGUUUAUUUUUCUGCAGAUAUUAUAGUCUAAUAUGAUUGAGGAUGCAGUCCUGAAUAACAUGUUGGAUAAUUACAUUAUUUUUGGAAUAUUACUUUUGUUUUAAAAAUCAGUUAAAAUGUUUACAUUUUUUCCUCUUGAGUGUUAAUAAGUAAAUGUUUUAAAUGCAACAUUUCUUUCUUGAGGCAUAGUCACCACACCUCCCAGAAAUUGCUUACAUGUUCAAAAAAUAUUCAGUCGCUAGUCCCUAAAGUAAGCACACUGAAUCAAUUGCUGAAUGGUAAGUUAACAAUAUGUAAAUUCCAUUGAUUCAGUGGAGCUCCUCUAGUUGGCACCAGCAGUUGUAUUUAGGCCCUUUCUAUAAAACAAGUGCACCAAUUUCUAGUCUUGGAAGAUAUGCAUUAUUAAAGCUCCAGAAAUGCCCUAUAGCAGCAGUGUUGCCAGAAUCCCAUCACUUCUGAAGGAGACUCUUGAGAACUAGGCAAGGUGUAGGAAAGGUUGAGAAAAGGUAUGUGUGGAGGUCCUGCUCUCUCUCCCUGGUGGGAGUGGUCAUGAGUUGGCUCCCUGGGGCCAUUAGCCCUGCUAUAUUAAUGCUUCAUUCUUCCAUUUCCAAGAGAGAGAGAGGGGCCACCACUGCCUCUGCUCAGAACGACUGCGAGAAAUGGAGUUUCAGCAGUAGCAGUGUGACAGCACCAGAGCUGAACGUUACCAGACUGCAUAUGCCCAAGAGAGAGCUCGUGCACGCUCAUGGCAUCCACAACACGGUCCAGUUCACUACUCUCCCUGCUCUAUCUGGCCCUGCUGACAUUUGUGGGCAGUGCUGUGCUCCUCGCUGAGAUGCACCAACACAACUUGCUGAAUUACAACAUCCAUGCUUUCCUGGCAGUGCUCAUGAUUUCUUCCUGCAUCUGGAUGCUCUGGUUUAGCUGGCGGUCUGCUGGCAACAAGCAGCUGAAAAUGCAUCAGGAUCACCAGGCAGGAGCAAGCUGGCUCAAAGGUGGUCUGUCUCUCUUUGCACUAGCCACACUGGUUCUCGACUGCCUCUCCUUGGGGUAUUACUAUGAGCUGCAGCACUGUGUCUCCAUGCUCAUCACCACCUUCCCUGUUGUGCAAGCUGUUUUCACCAUCAUACAGGUCUCUUUGCUGUUGUUUAAUGCUAAGGUUUGCAUCCAGGAAUACCAACAUCUAAACAGGUUUGGGCUGAUGCACACACUGGCAACUAAUGUGCUUCUGUGGAUGAGUGUGGUGCUGGAUGAGUCCAUGAAGCAGCUGGAGGAAUUUUAUGAUGCUCACAGGGGAGAGAGCACCCAGACUCCACAUGGUAGUUCAUACACUAACAGCUGCAGUUGCAUGACCAGUCUUUGCCACAUCUUUUCAGAAGGUGCUGCAUACCUGCAUCCUUUCAAUAUUGAGUUCAGUCUCUUCUCCUCCACAAUGUUAUACAUCAUCUGGAAGAAUACUGGGCGGGAAGGUGAUCACCAGAAGCCUCACUUCACUCACAGGGCACACUUCCACCUCAGUGGGGCAUUUGUAGGUCUGGUACUAGGAUCGUUGGCCAUUUCAGCAACUUUUGGGGUGAUGAUUUCCUUUGGAGUGCUUGCCAAGUUGCCUGAAACUAUUCCUGAAGCCCUUAGAACAUAUUACAUCUUUAACUCUGUUUUAUUAUCUGUGAUGUUCUUGGCAACUUUGAUUGGCAUUGCCACCUAUAGGAUGAAGAAGAAGAAAACAGCAGUUUUUUCUUCUGGCAAAAGUGUGGUAAGAAGUUUAGAUGUUACUUUGCUGCUGGGCAGCUCCUGUGGUCCCCUCAUGGUAUCCAUCUUCUCCUUGGUUGCCAUCUUCUUUCUUCAUGCCAGUGGCAGUCUCCACCUCCUGGACUUCUGCUUCUCCCUUUGCAAGACCAUCCAAAUUCUGGGCCAGAAUCUGUUUAUUACAGAAGCAUUGUACUCCAGCUCUUCUCAUGAGGCAAAUGCUCAUAAUAGUAUGAACCUUGCUGGUUCCAGCUGGGUCUUUUCAAUUUCCAGAGGUCCUGUGGAGCAAGGUAGCAACAGAUCUUUCUCCAAAACCCACACAUUGAACAAUGUCAUGGCCAAUCUAGAGAAUCAGACACCUAGACAAUUGGCAGACUACGGCAGUGACCCAUCCCUCUUCCAAAUUCUGCAAACUCAUGAAGAACCUAAAAGACCAAGCAUUAGAAGAAAGAUCCUACAGAACGUCUCGAUUCUCCUUAUCUUCUACAACAUCUCGGUAUGGAUUCUGUACGCCUAUGGGACUCGCCCACACCUGGUCAGUCAGAUCGAGCAGUCUUUCUACGGCUUCACACUCUGGGCCAUUGUAGUCAAGAUCUCCCUGCCACUGGGCAUCUUUUACCGCAUGCACUCAGUGGCCAGUCUCUUUGAAGUCUAUUGUAAGACUUGCUGAAUGAGCAUGGCCCUUGGGGCAACUGAGAAACCACAGCACCCUAGAGAGAAGAGCAUGAGUGGACCUAUAAGGGAAACAAAAAGGACCUCUUCUUUCUAAAGAGAAACCUGCUUUAGUAUUUAACUGUACACCAGCAAAUCAAGCAAAGAGUAUAUUGUCUCACCCAUACCUCUGUGAUAACGCAGUAUUGCUUAUGGGGUACUUUUGAAAGAUGCUAUUUGGGAAGAUCAACUUGAACAGCACUG